AUGGUCCCUGUACGGCUUGCUCCCUUUUCCUGGGACCAAGCAAACGCCGAUAUUUGCAAAGACUUCUUGAGAGCUAUCCUGCGCGACAAAGGUGACAAUGUGGGAUCGAUCAUCAAUAUACUCAAUGCCAUCGAUAAUUCCGGCCGUCUUCCAGCAAUCGACGUGUUUCCUUCGCGCAGCGAUCUACUGGACGCAUCCUGGCCAGGAAUCUUUGGGCUCUCCCUCUUCGCUUCCAAGCAAAAUAUUGCUAUGUUCGCUCAAGCUAUGGAAUCGAUCUGGCUGGUCUACUUCUUGCAUAGUCUUCGCUUCCAAGCUCUCGGGCGGCACCUUUGGUUUCAUAACCUUAUGUCGAGGGAAGCUGGGGCUGAACUACAUUACGCGCCCGAAGACCUUAGACUAGGGCGCGACAUCGCCGCAGAAUUGGGUCCUGUUGAUCUAGUCAUCCACCGCUUUUAUUCGAAAUGGAUGCAAGAGCGCGGAUACCCAGGUAUGGGACACGGGAUGGACUACGACUGGGUAGUGAACAUUUCGAGCCUCUGUUUGCGCAUUACAUCCACCCUUCAAUACCGCCAAAUGGAAAGUGGUCAAGAGCGAGAAGAGUUCUUCCUUGAGUUGCGAGAACAUGGACGGGCCGCGGACAAGCGUCUCGCAUUCAUGCUAGCGGCGAUUCACUGGGAAACCAGCUCCGACCUCCAGGAUAAAGUCGACACCUUGAAUGUUGCUUUCAACGUGACGCCGCCACUGGCUGGCGCCUUCGUUCAAGGCUUGUACAUUGACAGCCUAUUUGGCCAUAACUUGGUUCGUUUAGGGCGUUUCGAAGCCCUGCCUCUGCCGGUGAGGUUGGCCAUUCGCCCUCCCACAGACAUAUGGCCCGAGCUCCAGAAGAUGUGCGUCUGGUGUGGCGCUGAGAGCACCAAGUCCUGCGGCGAAUGUCGUCGUAUCAGAUACUGCGGUCGGGUCUGUCAGAUAAGGCACUGGCGUGAGUCGCAUAAGCCGGCCUGCUCGACAUACAAGUUUCUUCCCGACAGUCUACCCGCCUCGGAGAGCAUCGCCUGA